AUGCUCCGCGUGUGUUGGUGUCUGUCCGGGGAAGAGUUGGCCGUGCUGCCGUCGGAGGAGUUGCCUGACGUCAGGACGCUGAAGAAAGUCUUGCAUGAAUAUCAUGGCGCCCCGCCGCGGUUUCGGCAGGCCAUUUUCGAGAAUGGCUGCAGGAUGGCAGAUGAUUGCAGCAUCAUGCAGGUGAGCCAAGUGGAAUUGCUGCUUGUUGAGUUCGUGCCAAGGUCCGAUACGCACGUAUUAGACCCCAUCUUCUGGUCUGUUGUUGAGAACAAGCCUGCCGAGCUAGAGGGCCUCUUGCAACGCCCUCUGGAUCCAAACGUGUCUGAUCCUCAUUUCCCUCCUUCCGAUCGAACGCCGCUUCUCCAUGCAGCCCAUCAUGGGUAUGCUGGGUGUCUGGAUUUGCUCCUAGAAGCUGGCGCCGACACAGAAAUGCGAGCCCAUAAUCACGGCAUACAGUGGCUCACACCGCUUAACUGCGCAGCAUACUUUGGCCAGAUUCAGUGCGUGUGUAGCUUGCUAUCACAUGGUGCUGACAUGCAUGUGAAAGGAAGUAUGUACCGCAACGGCGCACUUGUCCACACUUCUUCUCUCUGUCAUGCGUGCCUUACAGGCCAUGAGGAUGUUGCGUUAUCUCUGGUGCAGUCAGGGGCUGCGAACGACUUGCAGGAGAUCAUCCGUGCAUUGGGAUCUGCCCGCAAGGGUGGAGUGCUAAAGACAUCGGAGCUUGUGCAGUUGCUGAGGCAGAAGAAACGUCGGAGGUUAGGGCCUUUCGCAGAGCGGAUCAGGCAUGCACGCCGGGCAGCUGAGUAG